AAAAAGGUGCAAGAAAAAUGUCCUGUAGAAGAUGCCAGAGAAGAAGACUGCAAAGAAGACCCUUCAAUGCAAGAGCUUCUUGACACCUAUGGGGACACCCCACUACCUGUCUUGAAUGAUGCAGAAGAUCAAAAUGUGGAAGAUGAAAGCCAGGAGACAGAAGUGAAGGAGGAAAGUGACCUAUUAUUGGAUGAAAAAAGUGUGGUAGAACCAGUUAAGAAGGUAGUAGAGGUAUCAGAUAUUGUGGAGACCCUUUUCCAUGAUGAUGAUUCUCUUCUUAGUGAUAGAGGCAACCUUGCAGAGGCAGCUAAGACAGAUGUUGUGGAUAAUUCUUCUGCAUACCGAGUACAUUGGGAGCCGUCACCUCCAAACUUUGAAAAUCUGCGGCAGCAACUUGUCCAGAUUGAGCCGUACAUGGAAGCCCAACGGCAGAUGAAGGAGUUGAUGAUAGAAGAUGCCACUGCAAAAGAAUUUAGUGAGAGUGCCCCAUGUCCAAGUGCCCCUGUCAUUGAUGGAGGUGAUACUCAGUAUACAGUCGUUGAAGCAAGUGCUCCAUGCCUGGCUGAAGAUGAUGCAAUAGCAGAGUCGGAUGACAUGAAUCAGUAUCCUUCAGCCACAGCUCCUUUGCUCUCUGAUCCAGUCCUAAGUGGUGCUACAUAUAUAGCUGAUAGUCAAGUGCAUAUAGAAGAGGAAAGUUCACUCAUUAAAACCAAAAUCACUUUGUCAGAGGACUCAGUCAUUAAACCAAUGACAGACAUUCAAAUAAAUGCUCUUUACCAAAAUAAUGAACUUGAAGAAAAUGAAAAAUACAUUAUUCAAUUUCUGGAAGAAGAGAGAAAUGUCCCACAGCUUGAGUUUUAUGAGCUUGUCUUGAACUAUCUGCGUUCUAGAACGAGUUUGAUAAGUAGCCAAAAAGAAUUGUCAACCAUACUAGAAGAAUACAGAAAGCAAAUGAAAAAUAUUUGGGUGUUUGAGAAGAGGACAGGAACUGAAGAAGGGGAGUGUGAAGAUGGUAGACUCCUGACAGUCAGGCAUGAGUAUGAGGUUGCUUGUUUUAAGGAGGAGAUUGUAACUCAUGUUGCAAAGCAGCUGAAACAGUCAAGAGAACUCCUCUCAGAAGCUUAUGCUCUCCAUGCAUAUACCUCUGAAAUGGCCAAGCUGCAAGUGGAAAACCACAUGCAAAAGAUCUUAAGUGACUGUCCUGAAUUCAUGCAGGUCCCCAAAAAUGCAAAAAUUAAAGCAAGUGGCACCAACGAAUAUAACCCACAUCUGCAACCCCAUAUCAAGAAACUGAAGAUGUGUAUUAGUGUCCUGUUUGCAUUCCAGCGCAGGGGAGUAAAGGACCAGCAAUUUAUUCGCGACACAAGACAGUGGUUAACAGAUUUUAUAGCCAUUCUCCAGAGGUUUGCAACGCGUAGUGACCACCUCUUCCUUCUUAAUCACAUCUUGCGAUGUCCAGCAGGAGUAGGGUCUUGGGCCUCAGCAUACAUUCAGAUUGGAGGUCCUUGGGAGACGGACAUCAUUGGUAGAGUCCUCGGAUGUUGGCCCCUAGAUCACUCCCUCACUGUUCUUUCUACAAUUCUUAGUCCUGUAAGCAGCAGAGAGGAUUUCCUCCACCACCUCAAGCAAAGUGCCUUACCCUCUGGGGAUCCAGGUGAUGAAAAUACUGGAGAUGAAAGGGCUUCUGACACUGUGUGGGUAGUUGUUGAUAGCUCUGGGGAAGAGGAGGAAGAUCCCACACAACUGUGGGCCAUGUUCACCGAGAAUGAUGUUGUUCAGUUGUUGAACCAAGUACCAUUUAAGGAUAUCUUCCAACAUAUGUUAAUGAUUGAGGAUGUGGAUGGUUCUCUCCAAUACGAUGUGUCUCGCACUAGUCAUCAUGGCCUCAUGAAGCUCUUUGCCUGUGCUACUGUUCUGAUAAACUUGUUUUGCAAGGGCCUCUCUACAUUCUCAAUGAUGAGGUACCGAGGGGCCACGAAACGUAUCUGUAGACUACUUCGGCACACAGUAGAGUAUGUAACUGACCACUGGCAGAAUUUCCUUCUGUUGUAUCAGUCAUCACCUCAACAAAUAUCUGACAUGAAUCAGGCUUCUACACACUGGACAUCAUUACAGGUAGAAUAUGAUCAGUUAUUUGAAAAGGCUGUUCACAGCAUCAUUAGUAGUCCAAGAUCUGGUGCAUGGCAAUUCCUUGCUGUCAUUCCAUACAGAAGUGUGUCUCUUUCAAGAUUAUGGAAGAUUGUCUACCAAAUUCACGUUGGCUGGAGUGAAGAAUCUGUUGAGAACAGCGAGAAACUCAGCGCUGAAAAGGCUUCAUACAGUGACUGGGCAGAUCUUGUAUCUCACUCAGAUACACGUGGUCAGUUUCAUGACCGUCUAAUGAAGAUUGAAGAAAAUGAAGCCUUGUACCUCCUCACAGCAUUGGCUAACAUGGCAGUUGAGCGUGAAUCAACAGAGAGUCAUUUUGUUGAAGUUAUUGUGAACAACAUUUUUGAAGCAACAUUUGUCAAUGAAGGAACAAGAGAAGCCCUGAGCAGGAUUGGUAGAGACCUGCUGUCAUCUGUGGCUUCAAAUCAUCCUAUUUCUGUCUCAUACCUCCUAACUACCACUCAGGAGAAAAUAUCUAGUGUGGGAAACAUGGCUCUCUACCUUUUCCGUGCUCUUCCACUGGAACUGUGGGAGCCUUCCCCAGAUGACAUUACUUGUGUGUCCCAUUGGCUUCUCUUCACACCUGUUGCCAGUGUAGAAAACCAGCUGGCUAGAAUUGUCCUGAGUAAACUCAACUGGGGCGAAAACACUUUCGGAAUUCAGCUUUUUCUGCCUCUUGAGUUACACCGUAGGGUUGCACUGACAGUAUUAGAAGCUCACUUGAAGGUGUCUCGUGAAAUGCGACAAGGUAGUCUUUUAACUGAAGGCGUCAAACAAGUUACAUCUGUCAUGUAUGCACCUUCAGCAGAGCAGGUAUUUUGUGAUUGGUCAUGGGAAAUUCUGACCUGCCUUAGACUGCACCAGCUUGACCAACCUGAGCCAUGGGUUCAUGCUGUCAUAGCCUCUCCUGCACUAAUGCUGAAAGAUAUUCCAGACCCUACUAAUUCUGCAAUUGCUCAAGGUUCAUCUUUAAAUGCAGUUAAAAGGGGUUUGAUGGACAAGCAACCACUUGCCUUAUUCUCUGCUCUGCUUUUGACAACUUGGGGACACUCUAUUCCUGAGUUUUGUGAACAUGGAAUUGACUGCAUCCAUGAGCUUGUAAUGCAAGGCAUGUAUGAAGCAGCCAUUGCAGCCAUGGCCCACAUCAUGCCCCUGUUCUUCAACCAGCCAGAAGACAUCACAACACAUUCCAAGAUGAUGAAUGCCAUUCAGAAAUGCUUAACAGCAGAUCAAACAUAUAUGACACUAGCCAAAAGUCUUGUCACAUCUGCUUUUCCUGGGAAGAUUCUGAGUCUGUUUGCUGCCAUGAUUGUUCAUCACAUUAAGAACUACUCAAGGUAUUGUCUGUCUUCAGGCAUGUUAGCUGUCAGAUUCUGGCAACAGAUGCUGGUGGGAGUACCAGAGUGGGUGCAUGACAGCAAUGUGCUCUUUCUUUUGGAUACCAUCUGUCACCAUGCCUUUGUCCAACCACAGUGUUGGCAGGAAGCAAUCUCUGGUUUCUCUGAGAUAAUGAAGAACUCAGAUUAUCAACAUAAUGGAGGUAGUGGCCUUAGUGGUCUGCUGUCUUGGUUGACAUCAGGAACAAGAGCUCCAAAUUCAUUAUUGGUGCGAUCUUCAGCACCACAGUUCCCCUGGUUCACUAUUGCUGUACUUUCUUUGGAGACUCAGGGAGAAUUGGCUUCAGGACUUUGGAAGAAUCUGUUGCUUGAACUUUAUGCUGAUCCUCAGACUACCCUAGAAGUAGCCCUCAAGAAAGUCAGCCAGGAAUUAGGACUGGGUCAGGUGUCAUCCAGUCUGCUUAGCAUUUACCGCUGGGGUCAGCAAGUGGUGGACCUUCCUGCAGACCAUCCAGCUCUUGCUAUCACCAUGCAGAUGUACUUCAUGCUUCAUCUUGCCCGAGUGCCACCACAGCCAAGACAGUACGAGUGCAGCAGUGUGAUCAACCGCUUCUAUCAAGGCUUUGUUAAUCAGUCCUUCCUCAGCAAGAUCAAAAAGAAAGUUACUGCUGCUCUGGAGCACCAUGAGGCUGUGAUGGCCAAGGAGAGUGAUGAGGAUGAGAAAGAUGCAUCACACAGUGUACAGAUUGCAGAAAGAGUAAAACUUCUACGUGCAAUGCAGUCAUGGCUAGAGGAAAGUCGACUGUAUGAUUCUGGUGUUUAUCUUCCUGCUCUUCCACCCAACCUUCUUCCUAAGAAAUUAAUGCAGGUGUUCCAGGCUAACUGGGAGCCCUGGCCAGAAGCAGUUGAUGUUGAUGCAACAGAAGAGGCAGGAAGACGACUCCUCAGAGUCUGGGACCAGUAUCGCAAAAAGGCCAGUUUUAGCAGCACUGUGGGUCUGUCACCUUCUGCUUCUCCAAACCGACAAGGCAGACAAAGCAAUCCCGACCAGAGAACAGCUCCCCGUAAAACUCCCACUGAAACAAUCCUCAAACGACUGACCACAUACGAGCCUCCACAACCACCACCUCCCAUUCCACCCAUGAGUCCUCUUCAUCUUCCACACAUCCAUGACAGCACUCUCACUGACCAGGAUGCUCUUCUCUACCUGGUGCAGAGGUAUACAGGAGUGGUAGUUGAACACUCUCAGACUGUGAAUCUUUGGUGCAGUGAGUUGUGUGCUCUUGACUGUGUCUAUAGAGAAUUGGUCCCACAGCUGUGGUCAAAUGCACACACCAAAACAAUUCUCACUGCUGCCUGCACACCACCAAAAGUUGGCAGAAAGCAACCAGAAUGUAGUGGGCAUGCAAGUAUUGUUAUGGAGUUCUCGGAAGCCCGUUUAAAUGAGGGCAUCAAAGUACGCAUUGACCAGAACCGUGAACAACAUGAUGUAGUACUUCAGAGGUGCCAGAAACCUCCACCAUUACAGUUGUGUCAAGCUGCAGUAAGCCUAGAAGCUAUCAUUACUGUCCUGGUUAAUGAGUUCCGCAGGACAGACAAGAAUGCUAAUAAGCAGAAGUGGCAGUUUCUACUAACCAGUGGGAGACAGCUUUUCUACCACAUAGUUCAGUUAACAUCAGAUGACACCAGCUUCUACCCACCUGCCAAACAGCUCAUCUCCUCAUGUGCAGGCAUUCUAGGACAGGAAUUUGUCCGAGGACAUGCAGACUGCCAGGAGAGCCUUGUUGCUCAAGUGUUAGAAUGGGGAGGAAAACUAGGGGGUCUCCUUGCUCCACACUUCACCCCAUCUGUUACUCCAAAACAUGUCUUUUUGAUGUUGUACUCAACUCUCAGCCCAUAUGCUCCCUCAGCUCCAGACCACACCUUUAUGCUCUUGUCAAAGUUCGACAUUGAAAAAUGGCUAGCAGAGUCAAGUCCAAAUUCGAGUGACAGGUCAGAACUGAUCAACACCAUUGCUGCAGCUUUUAUGUCUCUCUUACCAGGACCAAAUCCAACUCUUCUAAUGGUGCUUGAGCUUUAUCGAGUCCACCUAAGAAGUCUACUAGCAUUCAAGUUUCCUGAGCACUAUACAGAGGUACUGAAUGUUAUGUUGCAGAUUUCUGCCUCUACACAAGAAGACUGUGGAGGUGUAAGUUCUGGCCUCUGGUAUGAUCUGAUGAACAAAAUAUCAGUAGGCAUCACUACCUUUAGUCCUGAAAUGGAACGAAAUGCUUUAAAUCAAGCCAUCAAAGAGUAUGCACAACAUCAGACAAUCCUGUCACAGUGUAUGGUGGAGGAUACCUUAAAGAUGCUUUCAAGCUACUUUGUGAAGCAGCGACUCGAGUUUGGCUUGUAUGGCCUCUAUCCCAAGUACAGACUUCAUACCCAACCCAUUGCCACCUUUUUGGGGCUGAUUUCACAUGCAUACAUCAUCUCUGCAUUUCACACAAAAUAUGGAACUCCACAAGAGGAAAUGGUACGAGAAGUCUGGUCAGGGGUGGAUAGCCUCUUUGCUGGAUGGGUGACACCACUUGGAGGCCGCGAUCGUCAGUCUUUCUCUCCUUGGUUGCGUCAUCUUACUCACGACAUACGCUUACUACUCCCAUGGGCCCCCAGUGACACAACCUCAGCUGAUGCCAUGGUAGCAAUGUUUGCAGCUUCUAUUGGCUUCAUGCAUGAACUUCUACCAGGAAGCAGUGUGUUGUCCAUGACCCUCGAAUACUAUUGUACCAUGUUUGCUGCUCAGGAGGUCAAGAGCCAUGUGCUGGCGGUCAUCCAUGCUCACUUCUCGGCCCUCCCAUGGCACCAUCUUCACCCGUCCCUCCAAGACACGCUUAUUUUCACUAAGGUUGUUGAACAGUACCUGCCAGAGUGCCAUAACUUUAUUGGUGGUGUUCUUGUACAAAUUAAUUGGAAUAAGGUAGUCCAGUCAGCUAUGUCUCCAAUGUCAAGUACCAGCUCCACAGCAGAAAUUCAAGGGCAAGGCCAGGAGGCACAAAGUGCUGUAAAACUCCACACUUGCUUACUUAACCUGCUGGUCAGGAUAUCCAUGGAGCCCAGUGUGAGACAGUCAUCACUUCUGCAAACAUUAUUGCUAGAAGCAGAGUCUUUCUCUUGGUGGCUUGUGGACAGUGAGAGCUUCCAACGUGUCGUCAACUGGUGGGUCAUGAGUUGUGACCCAAGAAUUGUUCUUGCUCUUCCUGACCGUAACCCAGUGGAUGUUGCUAUCAUUCAUGAAACAACUGAAUUGGAGCUCAUCCUGUUAUUGAGUGAAAUCCUCAAUCUCAUUGUACAUUUAGUAAAGGAAAAGGAUAACACCAUUGCCCUCUGGCAACAUUGCCGUAACUUCAUCUCCCAUCUGGCACUUUGGGCUGAGGACCGAAGCACCACAGGCAUCCUAGCAGCUAUAGGCCUUGGAAGACAAUCCCCUCUUUCCCUUGCCAUUCGUCUGAUUUGCCGUGCACUCAGCACAUUCUUGAACCUACAGAUGCCAAAGGAAGGAGUUUUCCGCACCCAUCCUCUUCACACCCACAGUGACAUAGAUGAAACGCAAGACAGCAUCAAGAAUGAUCGGUGCACUUUAGAACAACUGAGGGGCCUUACUGCAAAUGCAACUUAUGCUGGAGUAAGCCAUUCUCUGACAAAAGCCAUACAGUUUGUAGAGGACCCAACACACUGUAUAUCGGAUGUGACCACCCUUCUGGCAGAGCUUGUGACAGACCUGAUUCCACAUCCAUUACUUCACCACCUCACCACAACAGCUAAAAACAGAGCCACAGGUGGGCCACUUCAGGCAGCACACUCCUCACAACACUUUCCACCAGAGGCAAUGAUGUGCCCCUCUGUCUCCUCCACCAGUGCAUCAGCUCCACCUCCACCUCCUGAUGAUGAGUAGUGUAGGAUUGAAUAAUCUUAAGUUGCACCACUGUUUUGCAUGUUUUGAAUGUCAGGUAGCAAAAGGAUUAGUGUAUACUGCAAGCAGUGUGUGGUGUAAGUUGGUUUAGUGCAAUUUUACCUUUUCUUUCUUUCUUUUCUGUAUAUAUAUGAAAAAGUAUUGUUCUGUGCCAGAGUUUCAAUUAAAUUAGCCUGUGAUAGCCAUAAAGGUGUCAAAUGAAAGCUGGUUUAUGUAUGACAUUUGCAAUAUGUAAAAGUAAGAGCAGUUUAUAUGUGAUUUUUUCUACAGUGUGCAUUCUUGUAGUCAUGUGUUCCUUUUAAAGUUGAAUAUUUAUGGAAAGACCCUAAAAUACAAGAGAUACAGGUCCUUUCUAUAAACAUUAGAUAUUUCAUUUAUAAAAUAAAAAUAUGUUAUCAAACCUUUGCCACCGGGUGGCAUGUACAUACCUGGCAUGCCUGGACUAAAAUCUAUGUGGCAUGUGUAAACGUGCCAUGGUGUGCCAGUCCCAUUUUCUGGGGGUAUGUAACAUCAUGCCGUGCACGUUAUGGUGCCGACAUGAUCGCCCAGUGGCAGGGCCUAGGCCACUACGAAUACAGCCUGGGAGGGAGGGCUUUCAUAUUGGGAAACUACCUGGCAGCAUUGAGUUAAUUAAUCAAAUUUGGAGCUGCUCUGAAAUGAAGUAUAAAUAGAUACUUUUAUAUUUAAUUGAUUUGUUUGGUAAAAUUUUAGAGGAACAUCAAUAUACAAAGUUCUUAAAUUAAAACAUUUUUAUUGUAAUGAAUAGGUUAAUGAGACAAGUCAUUUCAAGUAAUGUACUCUAGUCCAUAUUUUAUUUUCAUGAUCCAAGAUGAAAUAUACAGUACAUGUAUAGAAACUAAUGAGCUGAAAAUCUCCUUGAGCCCCAUUUAGGACAGCCAAUUUGGUUCCCUUCUUGCAGAUUCAGCCUGAAAGCCAUGGAGCUGAUCUGAGACCCGAUUUCUCACACAUCUAUUUGGAAACUGGUUCGGAAUGUCCAUAAAUUAGCUGCUUAGUAUUUGGGCAAUACUAAACACUUAUUUUAUAGGGACAUGACGUGGAAGCAAAUGCCACUGCAGAGUAGAUAAAAGUUCAAAUUUACAAAAUGGUAUAUUACUGUUACACAGACUAUGAGCAAUUCAUUAAAAUAUAACUCACAUUGGUAUGGCCACUGCAUAAUCACACCAGGUUCCUGACUGUCAAAGCACAUUAAUUGAGCUGUCAAUUACAUUUCUUUGCAACAUUUGUGCUUUCUUGUCCUAUCAAUUAUAUUAACUAAAUAUACAUAUUUUCAAUAUUCAUACAACCAUAUAUAACUUUAAAAAUCUUCAAGGAUAACAGAACACAUAGUCUCGAGUUACAGUAUAUACAUGCAGAACAAGGGCAGUGGACAUUACAUAUAUACAAGUUGGAGGGGGGGCAGUUCUCUUGGUUACGUCUCCAAGCGAUGAGCUGGAAUGAAAAAAUAUUAUUAGGUGAUUAUUUUUCAGCUAUACUGAACAAAAUGCAUAUUACCUGGUCCAGCACAUCACUUGCAUAAGCUCAGGUUAUUAAUUUCAAUGGUCAGUCCUUCAACUGAUCAACUUCAAGAACAUCAAACUCAAGACAGACUACUCAUAUAACAUCAUCCCACCCUCAUCCUCAUCUGUAGUGCAAAAGUAACAAGGUUACUGCCAGCACUAUGAUUAUAUUUCAUUUUACAUAACACAAAUUAUCUGCAUUAUUCAAUCAGAUUAUUUGUAUUCAGUCUACUUGUUUAUUUAUCUUUCUUCUGAUGCAGCAGCAAAACAGUAUCACUACACACAGGACUUUAUUUUAUAAUUUAGCUUAGGCUCUGGCCAAUAUAUGCUCAUUCAACCACCAAUAAAUAAUUUUGCUGUAACAAUAAAACUGUCUUCCCCACAGCAUUCCAAUGACCAUUAGCUUGUAUUUUUUCCAGAAUUAUGAAAACUGCAAAAAUGAAGAUGGCAAAGAUGAGAUUUAGUAAAUUAGUCCUAUCAUGUCUGUUCAUGCACUAACAAACUACUAUUUUUCAACUACAAAAAAGAAGUGAUCAAAACAAAACAAUAAAACAUUUUAAAUACA